UAGCGUGCCUCAGUUGACUCAAAGCUGUCGUCGUUAUUACUUUGCGGUUGAUUGUGCGCUCUGUUGCAGCAGGAUUGCCCAGUUCUUGUGCGACUUUUUCUGUUAAGCGAUUCUUCUUAUAUAUUUUAUGGCCCAGUGUUAUGCGGAAAAGUACUAGUAUCACCACAGGAGAAUUUAAUACGUCGCGGUGGAUCAUAUCGCGAUUAGUGAUUGAUUACGUGGUGAUUUCGCGCAGCGCACGAGGGUCGGUGCAUUUUGUGUUCAUGGUUGCAUAGAAAAAACAGUUUUUCAAGAGAUCGUUCAUUCAACGAAAAUAGAUUGUGCAAAAUUAUUAUUAUUCCCAUAGAUGUGAUCCGGAAAGAACGUCAGAAUUUUGUGAUAAUAAACUAACGACAAGGAAUUCAUUUUUUUUAUUGUUAUCAACUGCUGACCAUUUACUGAUAACAAGCGACUAGACUAAUUUAGAGGGACAUUCUCCAGAAAAUUAAAAAUGCACUCUGUAAUGAUGAAGCUAAAUCUUCUAAUGGAACGUAUUGCCGAGGCGUCUAAAUCGCCUACCGAAAUGCGUGAUAUUGCAGCCCGGAUUUGCCGAGACUAUCUGACCGGUGCAUGGAAAACCAUUCCGGCAGAGGAACUACAGAUGAAGCGAAUCAGCGGCGGCCUUUCCAAUUUUCUCUAUUACGUCAGCCUUCCAGAACAACAGAAGGGUGGAUCCACACGAGCGUCUUUCUCUGGUAGCAGCUGCAAACGCCCUAGAAAAAACAGCUAUACGAACACGUUGGAACCAAAAGAGGCUCUCUUACGCAUUUACGGACAAACGCAUGGUGAACACGCUCUUGAAACAAUGCUCACAGAAUCGGUUGUUUUCACGCUGCUGAGCGAACGUAAACUGGGUCCAAAGUUGCUUGGUAUUUUUCCAGGUGGUAGAAUAGAGCAGUACAUACCGGCACGCGCGUUGCUGACCUCAGAGUUAAGUGACACGAAGAUUUCACUCAAAAUAGCCGAAAAGAUGGCCGCUAUUCACAAUUUGGAUAUACCAGUUUCCAAAGAGCCAACCUGGUUGUGGAACACAAUGGACCGAUGGUUGAAGUCGGCCGAAAGUACGCUGAAAGAUUUCAAAAAGGAUCAAAUGAACGGAAAUAAACAGGUGCCGGGUGCUCAAAUCGUUACCCAACUAGAUCUGCGUGCCGAAGUCGAAUGGCUAAAAGCACUAGUGGAUGCCGGAGACUAUCCGGUGGUAUUUUCACACAACGACCUGCAGGAAGGUAACAUCCUGUUCCGAGAGGGAUAUGCUCCUCCAACGCCGGUGGACAGUUUUUGCACCAUGGAUCAAUUUGACGAAUCCGCGCAGUUAGACUCGCAUUUUAGCUCAAUUCUAAUUUCCAAUUCCACUAACAGCAGCCAGACUGGUUCGAACGAUACUAUAAACGAGAAUGGGUCUGCCAUGACCACUGGAAAUUCGGUGCAUGUGUCCGAGCCAGGUUCCAGAAAACGACUUCUGGAUGAUUCUUUCGAAAAUGAGCUUGACAGUACCAGGGAUUCGGUGCUCAGUGGUACUUCACAGGCACUUUCGGAGCAGCCCUGUGAUGGCGACCCGCAGCUGAUGAUUAUAGACUUUGAAUACUGUGCCUACAACUAUCGUGGAUUCGAUUUAGCGAACCAUUUCCUCGAGUGGACAUUCGACUAUACUAAGCCUGAAGCACCAUUCUUCUACCACAAGCCAGAACAGUAUCCUACGAAAGAGCAGAAGGAUAAGUUCACUGCAGAAUAUUUAGCGCAAUCCUACCCGGGUGGACCCGCGCCAACAACUCAGGAUCUCGCCGAAAUCGAUCGAGAGGUGAAGUGCUUCACAAUGGCUUCGCACUUAUUUUGGAGCCUCUGGGCAAUUGUGAAUGUGUACCAGGAAAUUGAGUUUGGAUAUUGGGAGUACGCCAUUUGUCGGCUCAAUCAAUACGAACAUUGUAAAAAGUUAUACUCGGAGUUGAUUUCAAAUACAGGAAAUUUUCCGAUUACCAAACCGGAAAAAUGAGAACUUUUUUCGAACUUAAGCAUCCAUACCAUUGCUUGUUACGAAUAUCACAUGGCGUACAUAAAGCUUACACCUUAUUAUAAGCACAUAUAAGAAGGAAAAAUAUUGGUUUAUUUUGCACAAAACUAGGCGCGUCAAUCGACGUAGUGAAAAGCAUUCUUUACAUUGGCACAUACAAAAAGACAUCUUCCUAGACGAGCCAUGACUAUGUGUACCAGUAUAUCGACUAACUAAUGAUUAGUAUGUGCUAGGAUAUCGCACAUCCCGUGGUUAUUUAGUAGGUGUGAUCUUUCAUUAUACAUACAGUGGAAUGUCCAGUGUGAAGCACUGGUUACGUGUUCUAUAACCCUCAAGUCACUGUGACCAUUUAUACGCUCUUUUCAAAAUCAUUCAAUAUUUUCAGGGUGUUAAAAUAUCUAUUAGAAACGUUUUAUAUGUAAACUUUUUCCCGAUAAACUCAAUAAAAAUGGUUGUAUGUUUCUUGAUGGUUAAUGACAAAUGGAACGUAGAAUAGUACAGUUUAUUUUUUUUUGUCUAAAAUUUCAAUGUGAUUGUGUUUCGGUAAAACAGAGACUAGUGAAACGACAAAAGGUUUGACUGAUCGUAGUUAGAUUUACAAUGAAUUUAGCUGUGAGGUUGCGAAAAAAACAUAACGAUAAUACGUUUUAUGUAGGACAAGCGUAGUAACGGAAAUGCGAUAAGUAUAUUUAAUCUCGUUCGUAACCUUUAUGCAGUAUGUACAUGCAAGAGCAGUAACUGACCCAAACAUAUCGGCAAUUUGACCUUAAACACUACUUAUAGGAUUACGAUAAUAAUGUAAGAGAUUAUUGGAAUCGUAUGUGAUGAAACCAGCAAAGAGAGCCAAAAUUUUCAAAAUAAUGAGAAUAGAAAAUGCAAUUGUUAUGUCGAAAUAAUCUAAAUUAGUGAAAUUUGAUAUUAUGUAGAAAAUCUUUGGUUUUAAGUUUAAGUUUUCGUAUCUAUGUUAAAUUUUCGCGGUUUUUAAAACCUAAGAUGUAAGUUUUUUAUGUAUUUUUUUUACUACCAACCGAAUUCAGAAACAAAGUGGCAUUGAUAAGAAUAAAAUGGUUUUCGUAAAUUAAACGAUAUGUUAGUAUUAAAAUGAAAAUACGAAAAUUUAGCUUAUUGAAAAGAUAUCAAACGGCGGCAGCACCAACGCUUAAACUUAUACACUAAACAACAGCUGAAACUCCAUUUUAUAAAAUGAUGAUAGGCAUACUACUACAAAGAAAAACUUUUAUAAACUUCAAACGCAAAUAUUUUGUCUGAUUGAUUAAUAAAACACAACGGAAUUCAAAUGGGAAAA